UUGACAAAGAUGUAUCUGAUUAAAGUUUCCCAAUUUUGCUUAGUGUUAGUAGGCGUUGCAUCCUGGUGCAAUGCAGAGAAGAAACCGAAUAUUGUGAUGAUCGUUGCCGAUGAUGUAGGGUGGAACGAUGUUGGUUUCCAUGGAUCGAAUCAGAUAAACACGCCUAACAUCGACGCUUUAGGUCUGAACGGAAUCUACUUCGACAGGUACUACGCCCAGCAGAGUUGCACCCCAUCCAGAUCAGCUCUUUUGACCGGAAGAUACCCGAUUCGUUUAGGUUAUCAGGGAUUGCCUAUAAACCCAGGAGAAAAUCGCUCGAUUUCGCACGACUUCUGGACGUUGCCCAAAGCUCUGAAAGGUCUCGGCUACAUGAACCAUCUCGUUGGUAAGUGGCAUCUAGGUUCGGCGUCCAAGAAUUUCACACCGCAGGCCUACGGCUACGAUUCGCACUACGGCUAUCUGGAUGGUUUCGUCUCUUACUUCGAUCACGACAUCCAGAGCGAUGGUCAUUUGGGCAAAGACAUGUACAGCGAUCACCAACCGUUGACUAACACCACCGGCGAAUACUUCACCGACAUGGUGACGAGGAGGUCGAUCGAAGUGAUCAAGAAUCAUCCGCAGGAGAAGCCUCUUCAUCUGGUCAUCUCGCAUCUGGCAGCUCACACCGGAAAGUCCACCGGUGAUAUGGACGGAGUUCUGGAGGUGGCAAGUGAUGAGUACAACGAUAAAAAGUACGGUUACAUUCCGGAUAAAAUCAGAAGGAUGUACGCAGAAAUCGUGGAGAGAAUGGAUACUUCCAUUGGAGAUGUCGUCGAAGCUUUGGAUCGCAAAGGCAUCCUCGACAACACCAUCAUCGUGUUCUUCUCCGAUAACGGUGCUCCGACCAACGGAUUCUUCAAGAAUCGCGGCUCAAAUUUCCCAUUUAGAGGAAUCAAAUUGAGUCUCUUCGAGGGCGGUGUUCGAGUGCCCGCUGUUGUUUACAGUUCGAAAUUCAAGAAUAAGGGCAGAAUCUAUAAAAAUCUCUUUCACAUCACAGAUUGGGCACCAACUUUGUACUCGGCUGCCGGUGGAGAUGCGAGCAAAUUGGGUUUGGACGGUGCAAAUCAGUGGACAAAUCUCGUCUAUGAUUCAAAGCUAGUGAAAAGAGAUGAAAUUUUGCUGAACAUCGAUGAAGUGGAAGGAUAUUCCGGUUUGAUCAAAGGAAGAUACAAAUUGAUUAACAGUACAUUCGGUGACGGCGACGAAACCUUCAACAAUUACACGGGUGAAGUGUCUGUAAAUAGACCUUACAACGUCCGUAAAGUGCUCAUGAGCAAAACGAACAGAGCUCUAGGAAAUUGCAAAACUUUGAAUCAGGAAAAACUUCUGUUGGCUCUGCGCAAAAAGAUGACCAUGCCUAAUUGCAGACCGAACGUGGACACGUUAAAGUGUCCAGGCGAGUGCCUUUUCGACCUCAAAGAGGAUCCGUGCGAGAGCAAAGACAUCUCGAAAAAGUUACCUCGCGUCACGGAAAACCUACGGAAUCGUCUUCAGAUUUUCAACGAUGAACGCAAGCCGCAACUCAACCGUCCCGUCGAUCCCAACUCCAAUCCUCAACACUGCAACGGCUUUUGGUAUCCUUGGAUGGACGAGGACGGCUGCUGGUUCGACUCCCAUCAAAUCUAAACGAAAACAAAUACAAA